UUCAUAGAAGGUCGAUAAAGAAGAUUGCUCAGUUUUUGAUCAAAACAAACGUGAGGUGAAUCGUGUGCCGUAAUUCAUGUGGAAAACCGAGUGAUUUCACAAGAAAACUGAUCAAUAUCAUUAGGACAAAUCGCCAUGAAGUCAACAACGAAGAUUGUGGAUGUCGUCGACGUUCAAAAUGACCGGGAUAAUCCCAUUUUAUUGAGCUUCCAGAAUGCCGAGAUGGGCUACAAAAAUGACAGCCAAAUACACUGCUUCCGGGCCGAAGACAUGAACCGAGCCACCGCCGACGAACCAACCCCAUCCCGGAUGGCAGUAGUCAUCAGCGAUCAGCAAGCGUACCGCGGCUAUCUGGGUGAAAACCUCCCGUCGGACCUGAUGAACACCUACAUCGCAAUCCGGAGCAAACGCACCGGCAAGAUGCGCCUCAUCCAAAUGGAAGAAUGCACCAUGUUGAACGCCUGCUAUGAUGACAACGCGAACAAAUUUCAAGAGGAGGAGAGCUCCCUCACGGUGAUGCGCAAGUUCGGUGGCAAACAGGCCAUUCGGGCCCUGGAACGCAUCGAACGAUCCACCAGCAACAUCGACGUGAUGAGCGAAUCCAUCCAACAUACCGUCACCAAGUACGACGACGAGCAGUUCACCGAGGACAACGCCUUCGCCAAGAACAAGGUCGAAGGUGAGCUCAUCCUGGCCAGCAUGAAACCACCACGGAACCCGGAGGCCAAAACUCCAGCCGAGGUGUACCGCUUGCAAGAUAUGCUCUCGAAGAUGGUUCUGGAUAGUUUGAAAACCGUUGGGCUGGGACUGCUGCAAAAAGCACCGGAAUCGCUGGACUUUUCCAAUGUCUAUCUGACGAACAAGGUGAAGGCGGCCCUACAGUCCAAGGAGCCCGACUCCGACGAAAACGUCCGUACGCUACAGAUUUGCCUCUUCAUGGACGCCCUAUGUCGCCUCCUGGGAUAUCGCGGUACCAACUUCGACAAGGUCGCGUGUUCCCCAUUCUCCAACGAGCUGUACCACGAAAUCAAGCAGAACUUCUCCCAGGUGAAUCAGCACAAGCCGACCAAGACCAAAUACACGGUGCACAAGGCGCUGACGCACUAUCUGGCGCUGGCCUUCAUGCUGGAGAAUGGAACACUGAACGUGGACCAGGUGCACGGCGGGUUGAACAUUACCAAGAACGAGAUGCUCAAGUUUGCGGCUUUCAUUGGGGGAUCGUACAACUCGGUGAAGAACUCGUUGACGCUGCGUAUGACGGAGAGCAGCGGUGCAGGGAAGUCGUCGUUCGGGGGAAGGAAACGUUACGGCAAAAGGAAGUAAUACGGGGAGGUGGUUCCAUAGUUGUAAUUGUAAUUGUAAUUUAUUAAUUAUACGAAAGCCUGGCAGUUAUUGAACUAUA